UCUGUAUAAAUUCUGGAGUGUCUUUCUGCCUGCAUCCCAAGAGACUUGGGGACAGCUGGCCUCUGGGGAUCCACGUGCACUAGCAUCCAGACAUUGGGGCUGCCCACCGGGACCACUAGGACCUGCAGUAACGCUUCUGGAUCCUCGGGCUGUGCAGAGUGCAGACACCCAGGCCUCACCUCAGGACCCCACCCUGGAUGGACUGGGAGGCAGCCAGGCUGUGGCAACCGGGGAGGUGGGUCCCCGCGCUGUUGGCCCUGCUGGGGCUCUGCUGGACAUACCCCAUCUCGGAUUCCAGCCCCCUCCUGCAAUUCGGGGGCCAGGUCCGCCUGCGGCACCUCUACACAGAUGAUGCCCAGAGGACUGAGGCCCACCUGGAGAUCAGGGCUGACGGCACAGUCAUGGGGGCUGUACACAGGAGCCCUGAGAGUCUGCUAGAGCUGAAGGCCCUGAAGCCGGGGGUUAUUCAAAUCCUGGGAGUCAAGACAUCCAGAUUCCUCUGCCAGAGGCCAGAUGGGACGCUGUAUGGAUCGCUCCACUUCGACCCCGAGGCCUGCAGCUUCCAGGAGCAGCUUCUGCAAGAUGGCUACAACGUGUACCGGUCCGAGGCCCGGGGCCUCCCCCUCCGCCUGCCACAGGGCUCCCUGCCCGCCCGGGGCCCGGCCCGCUUCCUGCCGCUGCCCGGCCGGCCGAGCGACCCCGCGGAGCUGCCAGGGCUCCCGGCCCCGGAGCCCCCGGACGUGGGCUCCUCCGACCCUCUGAGCAUGGUGGGGCCUUCGCAGAGCCGGAGCCCUAGCUACACGUCCUGAGGUCGCAGGCUCUCCAUUCUGGGCUGUCCUCUUUAUUUAUUGGGAUAUUUAUCUUAUUUAUUUAUUAUUAAUAUUUUAUUUUUCUUACGUGGGAUAAUAAAAUGUCUGAGAGGAGGAACGGGGUGAGCAGGCGUAUGUGUUGGAGGAAGAGAAAGGGCUCCAUUUCCUCAUUGGGUGCAGAGCGCCUGCCUUACCAAAUGUGUGAAGCCUGAAGUCCAGCACCGCAUGUGAGUGAGCACCACUGCACCAGGGGAAGCUCCCUGAAUGGUGGAGCAGUGCUGUGGUAUCUCUCCUUCUGUCACUCUCUGCAAUAAAAUGGAAAAAAAAAAUUAAAAAUCUGACCCAGAAGCAGUGUGAUUGUGAAUGCAUAAGGCCCUGGUGUAGUCUUUCAUUGCAACACACACAGCAUCCUGGAACAGCUUGGAGAAGGGCAGGCAAUCACUUUCACGCUCAGGGACUCAGCAGUAUUCUUGCCCUUUGACAGG